AUGUCCCAGUGGGCUCCCCAGUGGUGUUUUGGGGACCCUCACCCCAGCUUUUUUCCUUCCACAGAGCAUCCCCCGCCGAGCUCCGAUUCUCCGGUGACCCCCGAGGUGGCAUCGGUGGAGCCGGUACCGGCAGCAUCCCGCAAGCAGAAUUGGGCCCGUUUUUCCUGCGGCAGCCGCCCGCUGCCUCCCAAAUCCUCCCCGGAUCCUCCGUUAGACACCGGUGAGUCGGACCCUGUCACCAUUGAGCAGCUCGGUGAGGAAGACGUGGAACCGGCGGAGGAAGCUGAAACGGUGACCAGCUCCGGGGAGCUGGGUGGUCCAGGUAGGAGCCCUGGACACGGCGCGUACCUGCAGAGUUUGGAGCGGAGCAGCCGGCACUGGGUGCUCUCAUCCGUGAAGGGAUCGGGGCUGGAAGAACCCGGCGGCGGAGCCGAGGCGGAUGCCGGCGCGUCAGGCAGCGAGGGUGAAAUUUGGUACAACCCCAUCCCCGAGGAUGAGGACCCUCAGCUUGGGAGCUCCUGGAAAACGUGGGACCGAGGCAACCGCGACGCUGAGAGGGUCCGUGGCAGCGAGUCCCCCCCGAAGAUGGGGAGGGAGGAGCCCCUCCGGGGCGGCCUGGGGACAGCAGAGAGCUCCAGCCGGGCAGAGGAGCCGGGAGCCAGCAGGACCCAGGCGUGCGGGAAGAUGCCGAUCCCAUGCGUGAGCUUGGGGACGGGCCUGACCCCUCCCUCACCCCCCGCCAGCCCCAAAAAGGGCCGUUCUCUCAACAAAGUGAAAUCCCCCGGUACCGUCCGUCGCCUCUCCAUGAAGAUGAAGAAACUGCCGGAGCUACGGAGGAAGCUGAGCCUUCGCAGUCCCCGUCCCCGGGGCCAGGACGGCGGCACCUCGCCCUCGGAAACCCGCAAGGAAUCCAGCAAUGUCAUCAGCCGCUACCACCUAGACAGCAGCGUGGCUUCACAACCGGGGCUACCACGAGCCAAAGCGGCCGGCAAAGGCGGCUACUUAAGCGACGGCGACUCCCCGGAGCUACCGGCUAAAACCGGGGCACGUACCGAAGCGGAGGAUGGGGAAAGUGGGCUGGACGUGGGCGCUUUCCGCCCCUACAGCUGCGGGGAGACACCGCCGCGGUGCGGGCAGCACAUUUCGGGGUUGGUGAGCGUCCACCUCCAUGGCGUGAGGGACCUGAAGCCGCCGCGGGCCGAAGCCCGGGAGGUUUUUUGCGUCUUGCAGGUAGACGCGGCCAACCGGGCUCGCACGGCGUUGCUGCCCUGCAAGACGGCGUUCCUCGGCCUCAACCACACCUUCAACCUCGAGCUGGAGGGUGCCCGGCACCUCAAGGUGAUUGUUUUUUCCUGGGAUCCCACCUCCUGCCGCAACCGUCUCUGCUGCCAUGGCACUGUGGUCCUGCCGCACAUUUUCAGAGGUUGCCGGGCCCAGCAGCUGGCGGUGAGGCUCCAACCUCGUGGUGUUCUCUACUCCAAAUUCACCUUGGUGGAGCAGUGGGACAGUCCCGGGGAGCGGGAACCCCGUGUUUUCGGCGUAGAGCUGGGCCAACUGGUGGAGAGGGAGAAAACGGUCACCAAAGUGCCGCUGCUCAUCCAGAAAUGCGUUGCCGAAAUCGAGAAACGAGGCUUGAAGGUGGUGGGGUUGUACCGGCUCUGCGGUUCGGCCGCCGUCAAGAAGGAGCUUCGUGACGCUUUUGAGAGGGACAGCGCGGCCGUGACGCUCUCGGAGCAGCUUUACCCUGACAUUAAUGUCAUCACGGGGAUCCUGAAGGAUUUUCUGCGGGAGCUGCCCACGCCGCUCAUCACCCCCACGCUCUACCACGUGGUGCUGGAGGCCAUGGCCAAGCGACCCCCCCGUGGCCCCCCAGGAGAGCGGGAUGCAGUCACCCUGCUCGACUGCCUGCCCAGCGUGGAGAAGGCCACCUUGACGAGGCUCCUGGACCACCUCAGCCUGGUGGCCUCUUUCCACGACUUCAACCGCAUGAACUCGCAGAACAUCGCCGUCUGCUUCGGGCCUGUCCUGCUCACCCAAACCCAGGAGCCCCGGCGUGCCGCUGCCGCCGCCCGCAGCUUCGCCCACAGCGAGGACAUCGCCAGCGCCGUUGACUUCAAGAGGCACAUCGAGGUGCUGCACUACCUGCUGCAGGCCUGGCCGGGUGAGCGGAGCAGAGCGGGGGGCACGCGCACCUGCACCUCCCUAUUUUUGGGGAGGGGGGGGGCUCUGUGCAGGGCCACUGCCUGGGCUGCUAUUGGGGGGAGCUGA